AUUCGCAGAUCUUUUCCCAAUUCAGGGUUUGGAAUCGUGAGGACAGCGACGAUGGAAGAGAAUGAAGACGGCGGCGUCGACAAUGACUGCUACAAGGUGUCACCGUCCCUGACAUAUUCUGUGGACAUCUGUAAGGAUGUUCUCUGCAAUGUCGAUCAACUGAAAUUACUGAAUCUCGAACUUACUUCAGUGUUGCUACCGGGUUUUGCUGUUCAUGGCCUUGUAUGCAAAUUGAAAGGGGAGCAACUGGAAGUUUCAAUCGCUCCAAAUACAAAGCCUCCGCAGUAUUUUGUCUUCCAAAGGGCUGCGAAUGCUCUUGUUGCCGUCUCAAAUGGUUUCCCUGCAGACUUGGCAUUGAAAGUACUGUCAGGUGAUAUGGAGAUAGCCGCCCACCACAUGAAACACAGGCGGGUUAAUCAGGAAGUAUUGCAUAAACGGCACAUCAAUUUUAUUCGCCUACAUCGUGAGUAUGAACUUGGUCGCAAGUUGCCCUGUGCUGUACUUGAACAUUAUGAACACUGUAUUUUUCUUGUGGCAAAUCCACUAGUACGUCGACUAAUGGGCCAACUCAUAAUGCGAUACAUUUUUGGCGGCUCUGAUUUUGAACCCUGGGCCAAUGUGGUGGUGCAAUCUUAUGAGCGGUUCAAGGAUCGCCCAUGUUGCUUCUUGAGUAUGACCCCGCUUUACACGUGCGGAGAUGAUGCUACGAUGGAAGCACCAAAUGAUGAAAUGCGCAAUCUUAAUCUGAAGAGUUGAUGAAAUGCACCAAAUGAUGUAACUCUGCUUUCUGUGUGACGAUCUAGUAUUCAUCCAUUGUGCAACUCUGUUUUAGCUUUUGGAAUUGAAAAGAUUUUAGUUUAUCUGUA